UGGGAUGGUCUGCUCGACUACACCUGUGAAAUCUAAUAUCAAACAAGGUUACUUCAUUUUUGGAGAACAAGAGAUAACAUUCUAUGAUGUGAUGCCAUCAGAGGAUAUGAUCCUUAUCAUUCGUUUUUACAACUGGCCUGACAGUGGUGUGGGAAACUGUCCAUGGGAUGAGGUCUCAAACCUGCAACCUUUGUCAGAAAGUGAAGAGUGGGUUGUUGCUUGGACUGCUUGCAGGUUAACAAAAUCCAUUGGGAAAAAUAAUGCGAAGCAAGGGGAGAAGGCAGUAACCUGGAAUACUGGGACACACAUUCUACCUAUUUUUCACUGUCCUGUGCCUGCUGCUUUUAACCUUGCAGUCUUGCCUGGGGAACAUUACUAUGACAUUUAUGACCCUUAUGGAAGUGCUGAUGUACGAAUCCAUAUCUUCUCUGGCAAGAAACCUGAGUUUCCCUUCCACCCUGAAUCUCCAGUCACCAUGGACAUCUCUACUGAAUUAUCUCCUGUUGUUUUUAUUCACCAUAUGCGGGAGACACCACCUUCUGCACCCUUUCAUUCUGGAGAUGGAUUUCACCUUUACAUUGAUGGAGCACGGUUCCUGCCGGAUGCAGUUACCAUCAGUCGAGUAACAGGACGUAUCUUGGACCGAAAUUAUAACCAAAUUGGACCAGAUAUUUCAACAGGCCUUAACCUUAACAGCAAUAUCUAUGAGCCUUUCUACAACUACCACAUAGAAAUCAGAACUCCUGCUAUGCCUCCAUCAGCUACUCUCUUACUAAAGGUGUAUUCAGUUGAUCAUUUUACUAUGAAAUUAGCCCUCAUUGGCUGGGCAGCCCUGAACCUCUUUGUGGAAUCUGGAACAGAAACUCAGCCCUCAGUAGACUUGGGAGCUAUUCAGAUUUCAUUAAAUGAAGGUGGCCACCAGUUACGUCUCUACAGUAGUGGUCCUGAUACUGAUAAGCCUUUCUCUGUUCGUGCUUUUGUUUCAGCUGGAAGGUAUAUCCCCUGUGCUACAUUGCUAGUACGACUCAGAAAAGCCCAAACUAAUAAAAAACAUCAAAUGUUGGAAUCAAAUGAUGACUCUCAAGCAGGUCAAGAAAAAACAAGUCCAUUACAGCCUCGGCCUAACUAUUCUGAUGGAGUUUAUUUUUCUGAUAAAGCCAAACCUACGCAAGGAGAAAAGUGUUUGUACAGCACAAUGGUGAACAGGUCUAUCGUACUGGUAAGAGAGAUCGUUGCACAGAUGGCUGGGGAUAUCACACAGGAUUUAGAGACAGAUGAUCAGAUAUCCGACUGGAUCAAGAAGACCAUGUCCAGGCAACUAGACUCCAAGCCUCGACCUUUCAACAUGACCUUUGUUACUAGGUAUCGUACACAGUAUGGAGUGAAGGGUCUUUAUAAGGCAGUUCUGAGCUGA